AUGCGUCUCACUGUCGUGCUACUGAUGAUAGUCGCCACACUUCUUGUAUACAGCGAAGCGCGCUCACUUCGUCAAGGUUCUCCCACCAGUCUGACGUCGAAAGCUGAUGCAGAUUCCGAGGAGAGAUGGUUCGUUAUCCGCGACCCUUUAUCAAAAGCGGCCACUACAGUUGAGAAGGUCUCAGUCGAGUCGUCAAAGAGAAAUAAAGUCCUUAACAAGUUGGCCAAGAUUCUCCUUCCAGACACGAGCGACUUCAGAUUAGUGUACAAAGAUGGCCGGUGGAAAUCUGAAAAGUUCUUUUGA